CUGAACAGUCACCAUUGAUUGUCAUCAACGUAUUAAUGCAAUAUGUGUGUGUGAAAUAUAACCUAUAAUUAUGAAUUUUAUACAUAUAGAUAACGAGAGAUGUUAAAUUUCAGACGUCGCACUUAUAAUAUUAAUUGAGAUAAAAAUUUAUCGCAUUCUUUAUCUAUAAAAAUCAUUACGCACCGAAUAAAAAAUUUUGUUACAAUCUGUACUGUUUGACAUUUGUGUUCAGCGUUUCGAGUGUUUGGUUAGAAAAAGUGUUCUUCGUGCACAGUCCUUUGAAUGUCUAGUACAACAUCUAAUAAACAUAAUAAAUAUUGCGUAAAAUAAUUCAUAGAAAUAUAUAUACUGGACAUUAUUUGAAUCUCUACUGUCGAGCUCUGAUGUGUAGCGUGAUGUGACAGUAAAAAUUCCAUUGGACAAAAUGCGGAUAUUCGCAGGUAGAUUCGCGAGAUUGCAAAAUAUAGUCGUUUCGUUCAUAAAAAGGUGACUAUCGAUUAUACAUUUUUUUGAUCAUUCGAACAUAUUGGAAUUAUGGAGGUAAUAAAUACUAGAGAUACUAGCGAAUCACAUACUUCUCUUUCCACAAAGCAUCAUGAGAAUUCUAUAUUGGUUUCCUGCAAUUGGCAGAUUACCAAUAAUAAACAAUUAAUUGAUGUUAUCACCACUGCAUCAUUACAGCAUGCACCUGCAAAAAUAAACUGUGAAGAUGUAGCUUUUCUGGAUACCUGUAUUGCUCUACAAUCAUCAAACUUUGAACCAUGUAUGUUGGAUAUCAAAGUAACAAACUGCCAAAAAGUAGCACGCAUUGCUAUUGUUUCUGAAGGCAAUGUUCUAGAAAUCUUUAAACAAUAUGGAGAAUACGAAACAACGAUACUUGCCGAAUUUAUAGAUGAGUAUGAAGAAAAUGUUGUUUUUCUUGGAGACACAAUGAUACAACCUCCUACAACAGAAGCUAGUAUUAAGUUUACCAGAACAAAAAAUAAAAGCUCUACUAUGUGGAUAUAUGGUAUAAGACUGUUUUUGAUAGACUCUACAAAAGAGGCAAAACCCAGUGCCUUCAACCCUGACAUUAUUCAGACUUUUCUCAGCAAUUGCAAUGGCAAGAAGAGUCAAGGGGCUGAAAUGGCAAUGAAAUUACUUGGAUGUUAUAAUAAGCAAGAAAUUGUGAAUGAAGAGCCAUUUUACCCAAAAAAAUUGGAAUAUUUUGCUUCAAACUCUGAGUAUUCCGAAAGCAAAAAUGGAAUUGGAAGAAGAGAUGAUGAAGAAGACUGUUUAAACUGUGAAGAUAACUAUAAAAAGUCAAAUUCUAUUGAAUGUAAAAGUGAAAUUGAAAGGAGAGACAAUGAAAAUGAAUGUUCAAAUUGUGAAGAUUAUAAGAAACCAGAUGGGAAUAUUGUAACUUGUAUGAAUAGUGAAGUGAAAUCUAUAAAAGAGGCAAAAUCGGGUGCCUUCAAUUACAAAAACUUUAUUCAGACUUUUCUCAGUAAUAGCAAUGGCAACGUAAGUCAAGAGGCUGAAAUGGCUUUAAAAAUGCUUGGAUAUUAUAAUAAACAAAAAAUUGUAAAUAACGAUGAAUUAUGCCAGGGAAAUUUGAAAACUCUUGCUUCAACUCUUGCAAAUUCAGAAUAUCUUGGAUAUGAAAGUACGAAUGGAAAACCCAAUAGUGAAAAAGAAUGUUCAAAUCAUAGAGGUAAGCAUGAAAGGUCAAAUUCUUUUGAAAGCAGAAAUAUAAGACGAGCUAAUAAAAAAGAUUAUCCAAACUGUGACGAAGAUAAAAAAUUUGAUAUAGAUAUUAAAACCUAUAUUGAUAGUAAAUUCUAUGAUAUGGAGAAUAAAUUGAUGCAAAGAAUAGAGGAAAUGGAAGUUAGUACCAAUAAGAAAUUGAAUGCCAUUUUGGAAAGACUUGAGACAUUGAAAUUAUAGUGUAAAUAUUUUUUGUUAGGAUUAAUUUUUGAUAUUUAAUAAAACAGAACAUGAACACACACACACAAAGUAGAAUCAUAACAGGAGAGUAAUAUAUUUGUUAUAAAUGCCUUUUGAUUUUUAUCUAAGGAAAAGAGAUGAGCUAUCUUAACAAAAUAUUUCAUCUUUUUAUGAGCUUUUUUUUUACUAGAUAGAGAUAAGUUUAUAUAUUUUGUGUAUAUUAUUAUACCAUCUGUACAUCUUGUAUCAAAUCACAUAUAAAACAUUGCAUUUUUAGUUGGCCAAAACUUUUAAUUUGUAUGAAUCCAACUUAUCCUAAACUGUUUAUGUAGCAAUGAAAAUUUGUAAACACUACUCCAAAAAAAACAUUAAUGUAUAC